UCCUAGACUGGUCCGCUGCAGAUCACCACCAGAAAGAGCGAAACCCCUCCUGCACAGGCCGCUGUCCGGGACUGAAUGAGAGACUAGCGCUCCAGCGGGCCGGUCAGUACUCAGAUAAAGUCCGUGUUCGCGGUUCGGUCCGGUCGGACAGGAGGGAAAUCAUCAUGGCUCUGAAAAUCGUCAAGGGAAGCAUCGAUCGGAUGUUCGAUAAAAACCUGCAAGAUUUAGUACGUGGCAUUAGGAACCAUAAGGAAGAUGAGGCCAAAUACAUCUCUACAUGCAUAGAUGAGAUCAAACAAGAACUAAAACAGGACAACAUUGCUGUGAAAGCCAACGCAGUCUGCAAGCUCACCUACUUGCAAAUGCUGGGCUAUGAUGUCAGCUGGGCUGCAUUUAACAUCGUGGAGGUGAUGAGUUCCUCCAAAUUCACGUACAAGCGAAUUGGCUACCUUGCUGCAUCUCAAUGCUUUCAUGAGAGCACUGAUGUCAUCAUGCUAACAACCAAUCAGAUCCGCAAGGAUCUCAGUAGUCCCAACCAGUAUGACACCGGUGUGGCUCUGACUGGCCUUUCCUGCUUUGUGACCCCUGACCUUGCCCGUGACCUGGCCAAUGACAUCAUGACUUUGAUGUCCCACACUAAGCCAUACAUUCGGAAGAAAGCGGUGCUAAUCAUGUAUAAAGUGUUCCUGAAGUACCCCGAGUCCCUCCGUCCUGCCUUCCCCCGACUCAAAGAAAAGCUGGAGGACCCAGAUCCCGGCGUCCAGUCAGCAGCUGUGAAUGUCAUCUGUGAGCUGGCCAGAAGAAACCCCAAGAACUACCUUUCCCUGGCGCCCUUGUUCUUCAAACUCAUGACAUCCUCUACCAACAACUGGGUGCUCAUUAAAAUCAUUAAGCUGUUUGGUGCUCUCACUCCUCUGGAGCCUCGUUUGGGAAAGAAACUUAUUGAACCCCUGACAAACCUCAUUCACAGUACCUCGGCUAUGUCUCUUCUGUAUGAAUGCGUCAACACUGUUAUAGCAGUGCUGAUCUCACUCUCUUCUGGGAUGCCCAAUCACAGCGCUAGCAUACAGCUCUGUGUGCAGAAACUGCGAAUCCUGAUUGAAGACUCGGACCAGAACUUGAAGUACUUGGGUCUGCUGGCCAUGUCUAAGAUCCUGAAGACCCAUCCCAAGUCUGUGCAAUCACACAAGGACCUGAUUCUGCAAUGUCUGGACGACAAAGAUGAGUCUAUUCGUCUGAGAGCCCUGGAUCUGCUCUAUGGCAUGGUGUCGAAGAAGAACUUAAUGGAGAUCGUAAAGAAACUGAUGCUGCAUGUGGACAAAGCUGAGGGAACCACUUACAGAGACGAAUUACUCACCAAGAUCAUCGACAUCUGCAGCCAGAGCAACUAUCAGUACAUCACCAACUUUGAGUGGUACAUCAGUAUUCUGGUGGAGUUGACUCGUCUGGAGGGCACAAGGCACGGUCACCUGAUUGCCUCGCAGAUGCUGGAUGUUGCCAUCCGCGUCAAAGCCAUCCGAGGCUUCGCUGUUGCACAAAUGGCGACUCUGCUGGACAACGCACACCUGCUGACUGGCAACACACAGCGAAAUGGCAUCUGUGAGGUUCUCUAUGCUGCCGCGUGGAUCUGCGGAGAGUUUUCAGAGCAUUUGGAAGAUCCCAUGCAGACAUUGGAGGCCAUGUUGAGACCCAAAGUGGCUACACUGCCUGGUCAUAUUCAAGCAGUGUACGUCCAGAAUGCCGCAAAGUUGUUUGCCACCGUGCUGCAGAAACACAAAGGGGAGACGGACAGCCAGGCCAUGCAGGAGACGAGCCAACUUCUCAUAGACAGACUGCCACUGUUCGUCCAGAGCGCUAACCUGGAAGUGCAGGAGAGGGCAUCCUGCAUCCUGCAGCUGGUGAAGUACAUCCAGAAGCUGCAGCAAAAGAAUGUUGAGGUGGCAGAGGAAGUGACUGCUCUCUUUGCUGGAGAGCUCAACCCCGUGGCCCCCAAGGCCCAGAAGAAAGUGCCUAUACCAGAAGGUCUGGAUUUAGAUGCCUGGAUCAACGAGCCUCCUUCAGAGAGCGAGUCUGAGGAUGAGAAACCCAAAGCUGUGUUUGCUAAAGAUGAACCCAAGCAUUCUAGAUCGAAACACACUGAGGUGGACGAGAAGGAGCUGGCCAGGAGAAGGGAAGCCAGGAAGCAAGAACAGGCCAACAACCCAUUCUACAUUAAAGCCUCCCCGUCAUCUCAGAAGGUGUAUGAUGCGGCAGGUGUUGAACACAUUCCAGUGGUGCAGAUCGACCUCAGCGUGCCUCUCAAAGUCCCAGGGAUGCCCAUGUCAGACCAGUACCUAAAGCAGGAGGAGGAGCGCCGUCAGAAGGUGAAGGCUGAGAGGAAGAAGAAAGAGAAGAAGAAAAAGAGAGAGAAGCGAGGGAAUGAGAGGAAGCCAUAUUCAGGUCCUGAGAGUGAGGAAGACAUCGCACCCGUUCAGCAGGUGGACAUAGUCACAGAGGAAAUGCCUGAGAAUGCCUUACCCAGUGACGAUGACGACAAAGAUCCUAACGACCCUCACAAAGCUCUGGACAUCGAUCUGGACAAUCUACUCUCUGGUGCUAGCUCAAGGCCGCUUGCAGAGAGCGAGAAGCUUCCUGUGAGGACUCACCGUCCAGAGGUGCUGAAGAGCCCCGCAGAUGGCCUAGACUGCAAGAACAUCCCACUGGAGAUCAAGAAGAGCAGUAAGGUGAAGAAAGAGAAGAAGAAGGACAAGGAGAAGGAUAGAAAGAGGAGCAAAGAGGAAAAGAAGAAAAAGAAGAAACACAAGGAAGUAGAGGAGGAGCCUCUGGAAUCCCAGCUAGAAGAGGCUGUCCAAUCAGAGGAGACCAAAGAGGUGGCAGCCCCUCCCACAUCCAUAUCUGCUGAGGCCUCUGAUCUGGAUUUCUGGCUCUCUAGUGCUCCUGUUCCCCCCACCAUCCAGGAGAUAACGGCGCCCCCUUCAGCCACUACUGUAGAUGCGAGCUCUGCAGCUGCACCAGAUUCUGAGCCAGAGGAGCCUAAAGAGACAGAACCAGAGGACACUAAAUCGUCCAAACACAAGAAGAAGAAGCAGAAGAAAGAAAAGGAAAAGGAGAAGGAAAAGAAAAAGAAGAGACACCACCACCACCAUCAUCAUCACAGUGAUGGAGGAGGAGAGGAUUCUGUGCAGAACGGCACUGUGGAGGAGGAAGAGCCUCUUCCACCCAUGUCCAACUACUCUCUGCUGGCCGAGAACUCCUACAUCAAGAUGAUGAUGGAAGAUGCUGAUCAGGAGUACGAUAUCCAAGGCAACCAUCAGGACGAGAGCAAGGUCAUAGUGUUGGUCAUCUUUGAGAACAAGAGUGACAGCUUCCUCAAGUCAAUGGAGUUCAAUGUGCUAGAUUCCCUCAACUCCAAACUGCAGCGGCCGGAGGGAGCCGGACCGCAUGAUGGCCUCACCGUCCCUUUCCAACUGCCACCAGGGGUGUCAAAUGAGGCCAGGUUUGUUUUCUCAGUGCAGAGUGUCGUCAUGCCUCAGAAACUAAAGGGAACCCUCACCUUUAUUGUUAAGUCGGAAGACUCCUCCACUCACGAGAAACUGGACUUCAAACUGCACUUUACAUGCACGUCAUACCUGAUCACCACUCCCUGCUACAGUGAUGCAUACGCUAAGCUGCUGGAGUCAGGCGACCUGAAGGGGAGCUCUCUACGGCUAGAGGGGAUCAACAUGCCCUUCCAUCACCUGCUGGCCAGGAUCUGCUUCCACCAUCACUUCUCUGUUGUGGAGAGGAUUGACUCCUGCGCAUCCAUGUACAGCAGGUCGAUCCAAGGUCACCACGUCUGUUUGCUGGUCAAAAUCGCCGAUCAGACCGUCUCCAUUGACGCCAAGUGUGACGAGCCAUCGCUGCUGGGAAACGUGCUGGAUGAGAUCAAGCAGACCUUCUCAAAAUGCUGAGUAUGUCUGAGAGACCCUGAAACCCCUAAACCCCAGCGCAGCCUCUGCGACGGAAACAUGUGCUCAGAAUCAUAUCACACGAUCUGAGACUUGCCUCUGUUCCUCUGCAACUCUACCUUUAUAUUUAUUGGAUCUCUUAUUCUGUUUUUCGUCUUUUAAUACCACAUAACCCCUCUCUUGCCUUUUGUGUCAUUGAUUUUUGUUUCCUCCUUGUCUAUGUUAUACUUCCAAUGUGGAUUCCUCUCAUCUGAUCUCAUAUUUCAGCCUUCAACCUCGGCUUCUUCUUGCAAUUGGUAACUUCAUUCUCAUGAUUUUCGUUUUCACUGACACUCAAAUUUCCACUCUUCCAUUUGUCUUAAUGGUCCGUGACAUUCAUCUUAAUAACUGGAUUUUUUGUUGUCGAUGAGUUGUUGUUUUUUUUUAAUGUUUUGCAUUGUGGUGUUUGCGUUAUUUUGUCCUGAAAUGCAUCAGCGCCUUUCUCUGCAUUAAACAUCAGCAUGUUAGCUCCUUACCAGUUUUGUAGCUUAUGUGUGGUGCUGCUUUUGAAGGCUAGCCCUUGCAAGACUGGUUUCAACCAAACUCUGGGUACUCCAUAUCGCACCUGAAACCCCACCCAUUUCCAAUCCUCAAUCACUAACAUCCCCUGAGCACUAAAUCUACAACCAGCAUCACAAAUGCAGUUCCAAAUGUGCAAAUCAUUGGGGGCACACCGUGUUGCAUUUAAUGAAAACACUUGUGAUCCCAUGUGUAUGUGAUCAUGUGGCCCACUACUAUUUAUGUCCUAAUGCUGACAUAAGAGUAAGAGUAAACCAGUCACAAUAUUGGUUUGUAUUGUGAGUUAAAACUACAUUGGUAACUAUGGUAGUGUAUAAUUAAUAUAACAGCACACUAACAGACUUUGCUUGGGUUAAUGGCAGUAAAUGAAAGGUAGAAUAAUUAACAAAAAUGAAUUAGUCCAUGGCUGUCAAAUCUGAUCUUGAAAUUCUUGUACAUUUGUUUCUCCAUGGGUCCAGUUUCUCAAAUGGACAGCAUUCUUUUGGUAACUGCAGUAAAUAUCCUCAACUCAUACCACAGUUUGUGAAAACAGACGAAAAAUUUGUUGAUGGUUAUGCACUUGAUAUGGAAGUCUAUGGGGCAACUGCCGUUGUAGCUUUAUUUCAGUAUAAACAUUGUUUUCAAUGCUGAAAACUGCUUAAACCAGCUUGAAGUUAUUAGACUGGUCUGUAUGGAGCAGCCUAACAAUCUUAAACUGACGUUAAUGGUUAUGCACUUACAAUAGAAAUCUAUGGGGCAAGUGGUUUUCACACAUUUUCCAUGUUAAAACACAGCUUAAACCAGCUUAAAGUUGUUAGGCUGGUCUGUUUUGCUGGUAUUAAAGAGAUUUUGGGCACUUGUUUGCUGUGAGACUAGUUAAACCAGCCAAGACCAGCAAACCACCUUUUUCUGUUUAGUUUUUUCAGCUGGGUUUACUGAGGUAUGUGUUCAAAUUAUUUUCUGGAGUAAUCAAUAGAAUGUUAAAUCCCCAAAUUAUUUCUUUAACAUACCAUUGACCAUACUGACAGUAUCUGAUGUUUCUGGACAGUAUUAUAAAAAGUGAUCCCUUUCUGGUAUCCCUUUUAAUUGUAUUUCUUAAACCUGUCUUAAGAAUAUUGCACUGUUAAAGGGAGCCUACAAAGUCUGCAAACUGUGCACUUCCUCCAUGGCUUAGACAUCAUCCAAACCCACGCUUGUGUUCUUCAGAUUUUAAACAUUUUGUCUUGUAUAUUUGCCGAAUACAAUGAAUCACUUUUUUUUAUUUUUUUUAUGCUGUUAAAUGCCUUUUUUUCCACACUACUGAACUGAACUUGUACUGACUAAUUAAGACACAUCCUGUAAGUAACUCCUGUGUUUGACUGUCUGAUCCAGCACGCUGUAGCGCUCAGUUGUAAAGAUGCAACCAAAGUAGAGUUUACCUGCUCAUGAAACCUAACUUUAUCCUGUGGGUACCUUUGCAAGUGUUUUUCACCAAAGUACGAAUGAGUUCAUCAUCAAGAAGUGACUUGAAUAUCGGGUUUAAAAGAUGUUUCUGGAAGAACAUUGCUAUAGUGAUUGACAAGGUUGAAGACUGAAAACGACUGUAAUUAUUAAAUCUUAUUGUUGAAAGUCACAUUUACAUUUAUAACUUGCAUGGGUAGGAAUGUACAUUUUUCGCAUAAUUUGUUUUCUUUGAAUAAUACAUGAACACAUGCAUAGAAAAUUCCCCUAUCAUUCCUUUGUUGCAAUUAUAUUCAUAAGUUGGCUUCACCAUAUUACACCAUUUGAUGGUAUAAUGUAUUUUUAUUUGUUAUGAGUACUUCAAAACAAUGUCUUGGAAUGUUUUUAAAAAAACUGCAUUUGCAUUAAAUUAUUAUUUACGGAUAUCAAUUGAGGGGGGUUAGGUGGUCUUUGGUGUCAAAGAAGCUGAGCUUUACAGUACGGGGUCCAUAUAGUUAUCUAUAAUUGGCCGUUCAAUAUGAUUCACGUGAGUGGCCCAGCUAAUCUAACAAAGUUUUUCCCUCUGGCAAGUUGUAGUGCAGAUAUUGCUGGAUUUGGCUUCUCAUUAAGUAUACUCUCAUUGCUCUUCGUUUGAAGGUACUCCUUCAUAUGUAUUUUCCAACUGUAUGAUGUAAUAUAAUGUUUUAAGAUGAAUAAAUGAGCAAAAAAAAAAAGAGACAUCAUUUGCUAUUGAAAUUCUUGAGAGGUCCACCCAAAAAGGUCGGGGAGGAUACUGUAGUUUUGUGUGUGUGUACCAAUAAAUUCAUACAUACAAAUAACGUACAUCUGAA